ACAACAGCAGGUCACAACCUAUGACCUUUAUUCCUUGGCAUCAAGACUUUAAUAACAUUUUACGAGAUAACAGGAAUCUGCCACAAUAAGGAACAGACACUAAAGAACAAAUGAGUUCUGAGGAGGGGACACAGGGUGUCACUUCAAGCGUUGUAUCCCCAUCAACAGCAUCCUCUGUCUCCGCUGGUCGCAUCAUCAACAUGGAAGGGGGUGGAAUUUCACCAGAGAACGUCAUUCAUGUCAUCAACCCAUCCAGUCUUGGAAGUCUUUCCAGUGUUGUGAAUGCAUCCUCAUCCUCCACUGCAGGAGUAUCAGGUCUUCACACCAUUACUAUUGCACCAGGGUCCUUCCCAAUACCUGUAAACUUUGCCUCUAACCUGCAGCCAUCUACUAGCAGUGUGAACAAUAAUGGUGGACAACAGAUUUUGAUGGCUCCUCCAGAACUGGCAGCCAAGCUGAAGGAGGGAGCAUUGCCCACACAGGUUAUUCAGGUGCCGAAUGCUAAUCUGGCCUCCAUAGACUGGGCUGUUAAACUUAAGGAACUUCAGCACAAUCAAAGGUUAGAAAGACUGAGAGAUGAACAAAAUCUGAUGCGAGAAAAGGUACAGAAGGCAUCAUUUGAGAGCAAGUUUGAACCCUGUGUUGUCUGUGGAGACAAGGCAUCUGGUCGUCACUAUGGCUGCACCAGCUGUGAAGGAUGUAAAGGAUUCUUCAAACGAAGUAUCAGAAAACAGUUGGGGUACGCCUGUCGUGGUAACAAGGACUGUCCUGUGAAUAAGCCACACAGAAAUCGAUGUCAGUACUGCAGGCUUCAGAAGUGUCUAGCAGUGGGGAUGAGAGCAGAAUCUGUACAACAGGAGAGGAAACCUCCAGAGAAAGACCAGAGACAGUUUUCUGCAGUAGCUACAUCCACACAGAAAAUCUACAUUCGUAAAGAUCUCAACAGUCCCUCUGCCUCCCUUCCUACAUUUACUGGAAAGCUAGAAGAGGGUAGUGGACAGAGGGCAGCCAGUAAUUUAUUGGCUAAUCUACAGGAGAGAAUAGUCCACACUGACCAGGGUAAUGUCAUCAUGGGAGGAAUAGUCCCCACCUCCACAACUACAGAUCUGAGCACGUUAGCCAAUGUUGUAACAACAUUAGCAACAAUGAGUAAAAACACUGAGGAGGAGCAGGCACCCUCCAAUGGGGACACAGGUUUGAGAGGAGACACAUCUAACAAUGCUGCCAAGGCUUUUGACACACUGGCCAAAGCUGUCCAGCCUCAGUCCCUGGACCAGUCAUCACUAUGUGACAGCAGUCUAGAUCAGUCCGCAUUAAGCAUGGACCUUGGACAGGACUACAGCAGAGAAAACUCCAUUGUAGUGGAAGUUGAUGGUCCAGUGCUGACCCAGCAGAAUUUUGCCUUCAAUCUGACCACGCCCUCCCCCAUGCCAGCAUAUCUCAAUGUCCACUACAUUUGUGAAACAGCGUCUAGACUUCUCUUUCUGUCCAUGCACUGGACACGCUCCAUCCCUUCAUUUCAUGUCCUCAGUCAAGAUGUACAGACAAUUCUAGUGAAGUCCUGUUGGAGUGAGCUGUUUACUCUAGGACUGGCCCAGUGUGCCCAGUCUAUGUCUCUCUCGACUAUCUUAAUGGCCAUACUGAAUCACCUCCAGACAGCACUACAGCAAGAUAAAAAUUCAGCAGAACGAGUGAAGAUAGUUAUAGACCAUAUCCUUAAGCUUCAGAACUAUAUACAGUCUUUGGAAGCUCUACAGAUAGACUCCGAGGAGUUUGCUUACCUGAAAGCUUUGGUCUUGUUUUCCCCAGAUACUCCAUCCCUGCCAAACGCUCAGCAGAUUGAGAGAGUGCAGGAAAGGGCUCAGCGUGAACUAGCCAAUCACAUUCGUCAAACACACCCCUCCAGUCCAGACCGCUUGGCCAAACUUUUACUCCGUCUCCCUGCUCUUCACUCACUAAGUCCGAGUGUCAUGGAGGAACUAUUUUUUGCUGGCCUGAUAGGCAGUGUUCAAAUAGACAGCAUAAUACCAUACAUACUGAGGAUGGAGACAGCUGAGUAUAACUCACAGAUGGCAGGGCAGGGACUUCAAGGGGCUGUAGAAGGAACAGGGCUGGAUAGUACCCCCUCUGGUUCCAUGCUGUUUGCAUCACCACAUCUCACAACCACUCAGAUUUCUUCAGAAGCAAUAUCAGCAUUGCAAACAACCAUUGCUACUACGUGACAAAUGUAAUGUCACAUAUUAUUUCAAGGAAUGAAUCUGACACGAUGUGAAAAAAAAAUCAAAAGAAUAAGGAGCAGGAUUACAACUAGUGGCUGUUGUUAAGGAGCUGUUUUUGUUAAUUGUUAAUUAUUAAUAGUUUAAGAAAUCAGAUAUGUUGUGAUAUUUUUAAGAAGAGACUAGGAUGGAUUCUGCAGUGACUGAGAAGAGAAUUGUUGAGUGUUCAGCAGUAUUAAACUGCACCUCUGCAUCUUUAUGUAUCAUUUAGCAUUUGCAAGUAUUUCAUCUAGUGUAUGAUAAAAAUCAGAUGAGGUGUAAUCUCAUUUUAUUCUUGUUAAUGAACACUUCACUAAGUAACCUCAUAGAGAACAUUCACACAUUUUUGACUUCAUUGAACUUUUUUUCCGUUUAUAUCAUUCGAGUGCUAUGUAAUAUGAAAGACGAGAUGAAUCAGUUAUAGCUCACCUGUGUGAACUCUGUGUAUUAACUUACUUGUGUUUCUGUGUGCCAGGUAUUCUGGUUAGUCCCAGUAAUUGGCACGAGUGUUUACCUGUAGGCAUUGUACACUUGAAGCCUACAUUCAUUUUUAAUAGACCUGUGUGCAGCUUAUUGGAAGUAAAAGUGAGGGAUAUUGUCUCUGAGCCAUGGGAAGGUUAGGAGAACUACUGUUAGUGCUGUUUUUAAGUAGAUCACAUGUCUUGUGUACAGGUAUUGAUCCCCUUCAGAAAUUAUGACAGAAAAUUCAGGAACUUGACAAUCAUUUAUUCUGCAAGCAAAAAAUCUCAAUGUUUUAAAUUUGUAAAUAAUUUUAGUUGAGUUUAAGUUAUUUUAAUUAGGCUAUGAAAAGUGUGAAAUUUCUUUUGAAUGACCAGUUAACUUGAAUGCUUAAACAUAUUUUUUAUUGAAUUAAAAAUGUGCCAAAGUAACAGGAAAAUGUUAUUUUUAAAUUUUGAUCAAAAAUAAUAGUUGCCUCUUCAACAAAAGUAAAAAUGACAAAGAGCUGAGGUAUAUACAUGUAUAUGGAAGUUACUAAUGUCAAAGCUUUUUCAUACAGUGAAAGGCUAAUUUCACAUAGAUAAUGUCCAUCUAAGGUAUUAUUUCAUUUAUAUACAUGUAUAUAUUAUGUACAUGUCUAGAUUUAUUACAGUUCUUAAAAUAUGUAGUUUCCUUGCACUCAUUAUCUUUGCUUAAGUUGACAUUUAGUCAUUUUUACAGAAUCAUUACUCAUAGUAUGCUGCAUUUUAAUCUGAAGGUGCUAUUAGGACACUUGUAGGAGUGAUGAAGAAUUUAUAACUGUAUGAAGACAUUUUAUAUUAAUCAUGUCCCGAUGAGCACUAUGUUAUAAACUUUGUGAAAUAAUAUUAUCUUGUUUGUUCAUGUAAGUGGGGAUAUUCUCUCUGCUGUUGUAAAUCUCUGAUCUGAUAAAAGUCUUAACCUCAUUCCAUAAAGAUCUAGGAUUGUGAUAGUUUCUCCAGCUCUGUUUUGUCAUAAAAUAUGGAUUUUUUCUUUCUUUUUUUUUUUUUUGCAUUUAAAAAAUUCAGCGUAUCAGUUGAUAAUAGAAAAAGUAUACGAACAGGUUUGUUGCUUUGUUACAUGUAUGAUAGUAUUUCACAAGUAUUAUAAAUUUGUUGCCAAUUUUUCCAUAAAUGUUUGUUGAUGGUCAAUGUUGUAUGUACUCUGUAUAUAGAAAUAUGAUAGAAAUAUGUCAGUAUUCUCAUUAAAAUGAGUAUAAUGUGUUGUCAAAUUCAAAAAUGGCAAAAAACUUGGGGUUAAAAAAUGCAGCAAUUGAAGAAACUUCAUUGAUUGAAAAAUUGAAAAAAAUUGAAGGAAAAAAAGGUUUAAAAAGCUUAUUUGAAUUUUCUGACAACCAAAUCGCAAGAGUUUGAAAAUCAAAUUUUAGUUUUAUUAUACAUAUAUUUGAAAAAAUUUAGUUAUGAUGAGGUAACUGAACAAGAAGUCAAAACAAAUUUUAGAAAAAAAGGAUGAACAAGCACCUGUUUGCAUUUUUUAUUUGUUUGAAUGGGGGAAGGGGGCCCAAGUUUUUUACCAGGGAAGAAUGUUGUGCUUUUUUAUGUAUCUGUAAAACAGAAUUAUCAUUGUUUUGAGCCUUCUCCUAAAUAUCUACUCAGAUCUGUGUAACGGAUCCUAAAAAAAUUAAAACAUUUCAACAUUGA